CCAAGCUUCUACUGGAGGAUGGCUGAAACUGAGGGAGCCCGAACGGAGGUGCUCGAAAGGAAGAGGGCCCUGAUGGAAGAGCUCGCCAAAUCCACCACCAUAUCCAGUUCAUGGCCCGUCCCCGUAACAAACGAGACAUGCAGCGCUCCCCUGAGAGAAUGCAACACAAAAGAAUGGCUGAUCUCAGUAACAAACGGGACAUGCAGCGCUCCCCUGGGAGAAUGUAAUGCAAAAGAAUUGCUGAUCUCAAUAACAAACCAGUACAAGAACGCCCAGCCUCUGAUAUGCAGGGCCCCUGAACUCCUCUGCAAGGACGAGAAGAGCGCCAAGUUUUUCUACCCCGAGGUGGUGGCCAUCGGACCCUACCACCGCUGCAAGGCCAAUCUCAAGCUAGCGGAAGACCACAAGCUAGCCGCAGCACUCAAGUUCACGUCAGGUCGCUGCAUCCAUGAAUUCUACAACAAGGUCAAAAAUGUAACCGCCCAAGCAAGAGCAUGCUACGCCGACAAAUUCGAGCUCACGGACGAGGAGUUCGCCUGCAUGUUGUUCUUCGACGGCUGCUUCCUGCUCCACUUCAUCGACUGCUGUGUCAAGAAGAAGAUGGAGGAGUUCACAAUGAGCACCCACCUCCAUGGCUUCAUCAGGGGAGACAUGUUCUUGCUCGAAAACCAGCUCCCCUUCGUCGUGCUCGAUGCCCUGAUGAGCCUGAAGCAAGUGAAGCUCGAUGAUUUCUUUCUCAGCGUCAUCGAGAAAGCUCGUCCGUACGAAGCCGCGCGAGCACCGUAUCACCUCCUCGACCUUCUUCGAACGAAGCUCUUGGGGCCUCCGAACGACGGGCAGCAAGCCGGCCAAGGGGAGCCGAACUUGAAUACGUUCCGCUCGGUGAAGGAGCUCCGCGAGGUGGGGAUCAAGUUCCGUCUGAGCGAAUCCCACCACCUGAGCGACAUCAAGUUCCAUCCCGGCAUCGUGUGCGGGACGCUGUCGCUUCCAAAGAUCGUCAUCGAUGACCUGACUCGGUCGCAGUACUUGAACAUGAUCGCCCUUGAGAUGUGCUCGGGCAGCGCGGGCGACUACGGGAUCACGUCCUUCGCGUGGUUUCUCGACUGCCUCAUCGACCGGGCGGAAGACGUACGGGAGCUGCGAGAGAAGGAGAUCCUGAUCAACGCGCUCGGGAGCGACGAGCAAGUGGCGGAGCUCUUCAACGAGAUCGCCACCGACUUGGCGCCGGAUUACCGGGCCUAUGUCCAGGUGCUGACCGGGAUCAGCGACCACCGUAAAGCUAAGUUUAAGGUCUCUAUUUUCAGGUUCCUAGACACCCAUUUCAGUAGCCCAUGGACGGCCAUUGCCUUCUUUGCUGCACUGGUUCUUCUAGCCCUAUCGGUGAUACAGACCAUCUUCACUGUCUAUCCCCGCAGUUGAGAUAGAUAGAGGGGCUUUAUAAACUGUAAGUGUUGCUGGUGUUUGCAUCUUAGUGUGACUCCUUUGCUUCCAUGUUUGGGUUGAAAGCUUUUUUUUGUGUUGGUAGUGGCCUGACUUUGUUCCUUUGGAUUGUGUUGGCGAGUGAUUGUUUUGCAUUGUUGUGCCGUAAUUUGGCUUGAAAUUCAUGACAAAUGGAAAUUUUCUUCUGGAA